ACAGUCAUUUAAUGCCACCACCAUCUACUGUACCGAGGAACAAAAAAAGUAUUCGUAAACGUAAGAGUACGAGCGAAGAUGAAGAUAGCUCCGAUGACUCUGAAGAAGAUGUACCCGUUUUAAAAUCAAGAAAUAAUACAAAAAAGUUAUCCAAUAAAGAAAAUAUUUCUUAUGCAAAGUCAAAUAAGGAUAGUGAUGAAGAUAAUUCUGAUGUCAAUAAAGAUUCAGUUACCUCGAUAUCAGUGAGACAUGGUAAAAGAAAAGAAUGCGCAAAGGAAGACACAAGUACGCUUAGUAAUAUUUCAUCGUCGUCUUUAAAACGAACUAAAUUGUUGCGGGAAAUUCCAACAAGGAGUUCAGUUCGAUUACGCAAAUGAUUUACUUGUAAAAUUAAAAUAUAAAAUUUUUUUAAUGGACAAAUGUAAUGUAUGAGUUAUAUGUAGUAACA